UGCCCGCCCGCUUCUGGUACUUAGAGGCCCGGUCCCGUUCGUUCGCGUUCAUCACUGCGUGCGGAAGCGCCGACAGUAUGUCUGACAAACUGCCUUACAAAGUCGCGGACAUUGGCUUGGCUGCCUGGGGACGCAAGGCCCUGGACAUUGCUGAGAAUGAGAUGCCGGGCUUGAUGCGCAUGCGGGAGAUGUACUCAGCUUCCAAGCCACUGAAAGGUGCCCGUAUUGCUGGCUGUCUGCACAUGACUGUGGAGACGGCUGUCCUCAUUGAGACUCUCGUCGCCCUGGGUGCUGAGGUGCGAUGGUCCAGCUGCAACAUUUUCUCCACACAGGACCAUGCAGCAGCUGCCAUUGCCAAGGCUGGCAUUCCAGUGUAUGCCUGGAAGGGCGAGACGGAUGAAGAGUACCUGUGGUGCAUCGAGCAGACACUGUACUUCAAAGAUGGGCCCCUCAACAUGAUUCUGGAUGAUGGUGGUGACCUUACCAACCUCAUCCACACCAAGUACCCACAGCUUCUGUCAGGCAUCCGAGGCAUCUCUGAGGAGACCACGACUGGAGUCCACAACCUAUAUAAGAUGAUGGCCAAUGGGAUACUAAAGGUGCCUGCCAUCAACGUCAAUGACUCUGUCACCAAGAGCAAGUUUGACAACCUCUAUGGCUGCCGGGAGUCCCUCAUAGAUGGCAUCAAGCGAGCCACAGAUGUGAUGAUUGCGGGCAAGGUAGCAGUGGUAGCAGGCUAUGGUGAUGUAGGCAAGGGCUGUGCCCAGGCCCUAAGGGGUUUUGGGGCCCGUGUCAUCAUCACCGAGAUCGAUCCCAUCAACGCUCUACAGGCUGCCAUGGAGGGCUAUGAGGUGACCACCAUGGAUGAGGCCUGUAAGGAGGGCAACAUCUUUGUCACCACCACAGGCUGUGUGGAUAUCAUCCUUGGUCGGCACUUUGAACAGAUGAAGGAUGAUGCCAUUGUGUGUAACAUUGGACACUUCGAUGUGGAGAUUGAUGUGAAAUGGCUCAAUGAGAACGCUGUGGAGAAGGUGAACAUCAAGCCCCAGGUGGACCGCUACCGCCUGAAGAAUGGGUGCCGCAUCAUUCUGCUGGCUGAGGGCCGGCUGGUCAACCUGGGCUGUGCCAUGGGCCACCCCAGUUUUGUGAUGAGCAACUCCUUCACAAACCAGGUGCUAGCGCAGAUUGAGCUGUGGACCCACCCGGACAAAUACCCUGUUGGGGUUCACUUCCUGCCAAAGAAGCUGGAUGAGGCAGUGGCUGAAGCUCACCUGGGCAAGUUGAAUGUGAAACUGACCAAGCUGACUGAGAAGCAGGCCCAGUACCUGGGCAUGCCCUGUGAUGGCCCCUUCAAACCUGAUCACUACCGCUACUGAGAGCCAGAACUGCCCUUCACCUUCCAGCUGCCACCCCUGUCCAGACCCCAUGUCUCCUCCCCAAGAACAAAUGGCACCAACUUUUCGAUUGCCUUUUCAGUGUUCCCCAUCGGCUCUCUGGGACUGGUCACAUAGUCUUUGGCCUCUGCUGCAUACUGUUCCAAAUGUGGCAAGUGAAAUUGAGAGGCAUUUGUCAAGAUGGAGGUAUAAGGGAGACAUCCACAGGGAACCAUGAGCUCAGGGGUCUUGGAACUGCUUACUUAGUCAGUCCUUCCUUAGGCUGGAAGUUGGUAGUGCGGCUGCAAAGCCCAUGGACUUUGUCUAUCUUCCAGGCCCUCACCUGGCCUAUGGACUUAGACCCAUGUGCUUGGUUUACAGGUUCACUGGUUUCUCAGCCUAUGACACAUGAGAAGGAGCUAUAUCAAAGGGCAAAGAACUGUUGGAAUUCCAGUGUUCCUAAGAUCUUGGCUUACUUAGUGCUGGGCCUUCUCUUAAACCUUAGAACACUGAGGUGUUGGUACUUUUAGUCCCUAUUUCACAGGGAUUAGAAUUGACUUUAAAGUGAUAGCCAAGAAAGGACAAGAGAAGUGACAGCCAGAGGUUGAGAGGGGCCAGAAAAACAAAAGUGCCACCAUGUUGCAACAUGGUGGUUCCAGUUACAACCCUUGGUUGAAAGGAGAUUAAUUUGUUUUUUUCACAUUUAAAAUGUUGAAUGCAGGAAAGUGGGUAAAUAAAAUUUUUGGUGCCUGAAAGAA